AUGGAAUUUUCAUUUCCAAAUAAACUUUGUUCUCAUGCAAUAUACUUGAAUAUACAAACACUUUAUCUUACAAAGGUGAACGAGCCCGGUCGUCGUCAAGGUGUAAUGGUGUCGCCAAGACGAACGGAAACGACCUUGGCCGCGCUUUGCGGAGGGUCCGUGCUGGGCUGGACGGCGCCGGUGCUGCCGUACCUGCAGGGCAACGCGCCGGAGCCCGGGGGCGAGUCGCCGGGCAACGCGUCGACGUGGGUCGGGCCGCAGCGCCCGCUGACGGACGACGAGGCGUCGUGGGUGGGCGCGCUCACGCCGCUGGGCGCGCUGCUGGGCGCGCUGCCGGCCGGCUGGGCCGCCGACCGCCUGGGCCGCCGACGCCUGCUGCUGGCCCUCGGCGCGCUCAUGACCGCCUCAUCUCCACCACGUGCAGGCUAA